GUAGACAUCGACAUUGUCAAAUCACGUCCUUAGCUGCUGAGAGGGGGAUAUUCGACAACACUAGACAAUGAAUCUGUAUUGUCUCCUUAUUAGAUGGUUUACAAAGGCAAAGUCUGAUUCACUCUUUGACUCUUCGUCAGAAGGAAGCAUGGCCACUCGCAAUUCAUCUUGGAUCUUCACAAUACCGUUGAUAUAAAAACCUCGUCUUCCACUUCGGCCAGCAUGUCUUGUAGGAUGUUGAACCCCAUACAACAACACCAAAAACCAAAAGCCAAAAACCUCCCACCAACCAAUAACGAAUACUCUAUCGCGGCAAUCAUGAAGACAAGUUUCGCCUCCACUCUGGCAAUUCUGCCUAUCCUCACUACCAUCUCGGCAUUUGAAGUGGCCGACAUCUAUAAGACCACCCUUGGCAAGUCGGACUGUACUGAUAUCCACUUGACGGAAGGGCAUGUCCUCCAUGCUAAUUGCGUCAAGCCCGGAUAUGGAUCUCGCGCGGAUUUCCAACUUGAUCUCAAUUCAUGCCUUGCCAACUACUUGGGUUCGCUAACCCAUGUAUCAAAUGGCGGGUUCAGUGGUUCGUGCAAGCCUUGCCGCAUCGACGGCACGAAACUGAUUUGCGAGUGCUCAAUCGACGAGUGUCUCGGUACUAAGCAUAAUGAAGUUGAGCUUGACGAUUGGGAUUUUAUUCAAGUCCACGAGGAGUCUUUGACUUGUGCUACCCUAAUAGGUCUUGAAAUGAGAGACACCAGUAAGAGCGCACGAUUCUUCACCGCUUAAGUUAUGGACUUUCCUUAUAUCUUCGGCCAUACCUUACCUUAGGUAGUGUAUGAUUUG